AUGCCAUUCCCACCUAUCCCCACUGGUGAGAGCAGCUCCCACUCCGGCAAUUGUCAUUGCGGUGCCGUGCGGUUCAACUUCACAUUAUCCCCGCCUCUACAUGAAUACCCCACCAAUAGCUGCAACUGUUCCAUCUGCACAAAGAACGGCUACUUGCUGGUGUAUCCGUUCACCAAGGAUUUUACCAUCGAAAAAGGCGAGGGUGCGCUAAAAGAUUAUUGUUUUGCCGAGCACAAGUCGAAGCACCAAUUCUGCGGGGAAUGUGGAAGUAGUUGCUUCAUCCGUCUUCUCGAAGAGGGAGCCCCACCGAUCACUGUCGUUAAUGUCCGACUACUGCGCGACUUUGAUAUUGAGAAACUGAAUAUCAACAAGGUUGAUGGAAGGUCGGUCGGGCAAGAGUACAAAGUCUAG